AUGGAUCCCCAAGGAAAUUCAGUGAAUACUAAGUCAACUGUGAUAGACAAAGGAAAAUAUGAUAAGGAGUUAUCUUCUCACGCUGAUGAAAAGAAGACUGUAUCAUCUCCAGUCAUUAAUGAACAUCUUAGCGCUGAUGAGAAGAAGACUGUAUCUGCUCCAGUCAUUAAUGAACAUCUUACUGCAGAAAUUUCUAAAAUUUCUCUGGGUGGAACUCGAGUUCUUCCUUUGAAGAAAAGACUCAUUGUUCUUGAUAUAAAUGGGUUGUUAGCGGCUGUAGUUUCUCCCCCGACGGAUCGGCAGGCAGAUAUUACCAUUGCAAUGACAGCAAUAUUCAAGCGGCCCUCCUAUCUUGAGUUUCUGGAGUUUUGCUUCGAUAAAUUUGAAGUUGGCAUAUGGAAAAAUGUUGAUCCACUCAUUAACUAUCUGAUGCCAUUCUUGAAAAACAAAUUACUUUUCUGUUGGGACCUUUCUCAUUGCACCGAAACACGUUUCAAGACUCUUGAGAAUGAAAAUAAGAAUUUGGUUUUUAAGGAUUUGAGAAAACUUUGGGAUAAGCAGGAUCGUAAUCUUCCAUGGGAGAAAGGAUUUUACAAUGAAUCCAAUACCUUGUUGUUGGAUGAUUCUCCUUACAAGGCAUUGCUUAAUCCUAGUAACCUUGACAUUUAG